CUCUUGUAUAUUUUUUUUUUUCACAAAAUGCCUUAAUUUUUUAACUAAUUUAUGGGAUAUUUCGUAAAGAAAAACAAUAUAAAAAAUAAGAAAAGGAGGGGGUCGUGGAGGUAUUUGAAUCAAUCGACGUGAACGAAGAAAACCCCUUUUGCCUCUUCUCCGAAGAACAAAAACCCGUUUUUUUGUCAUUUUCUGUUGGCGACUGCGGCAAAAUUACCGGAAGCCUAUUUUUUCUGCUCGAUUUUGAUCUCAUAAACCCUUGAUUUCUUCUGGGUUUCUUCCGAUUUGGGAUUAGGGUUUUUCUCUACUCUUUUUUCUGGUUCGUCACUCUCUCUCUCUCUCUCUGUUCAUUAUCUGACAAGGAUCUAUCAAUCUUCGCUGCCAGAUCCGUUCGCAUGUCUACCGUCGCUCCUCCUGCUGAUCAAGCUGCCGAUCUACUGAAGAAACUGUCUUUGGAGAUCCCCAAGCCAAUUAACAAGGCUGCUGUUUACCAGUAUGGAGCUAUGGAUUCGAAUGGCCAAGUUCCUUCUUUUGAUCGAUCUUUCACACCAUUGCUCCCUAGCGAUGCCCUUGACCCUUCUGUUUUCUAUGUUCCAAAUGGGUAUCAGCCUUACUAUUAUGGAGGUUAUGGUAGUGAAUAUACAGGUUAUACCAAUUCCGAGAGUGUUGACAUGACAUCAGGAGUCUAUGGAGAGAAUGUUUAUCCACUGGGAUAUGGUUAUGCAGCCUAUCCUUACUCGCCAGCAACAAGCCCUGCUCCUCAGCACUACCAGUAUCUUUCCUACUUCCCUCUCACUACCAGCAGUGGGCCAUUCGCUUCAUCUCUUCCUGCCUCUACCCAUAGCAAGAUUCAUACAAACAAAGCUGCCAACGUGAAGACGCUCUCUGCAGAAAGAAAUAAUUUCCCAUCUGCUGGUGCUUCAAAGGCUGCUGCUAUGCCUAAAGGAACUAAUGGAUCAGCUCCUGUUAAACCAUUGAAUCAGAGUGCGCUCAACACCACCUCGGGUUAUUUGUAUGGAAACAGUGCUCUUGCUGGUUAUCAGGAUCCCAGGUUUAGCUAUGAUGGGUAUUACUUCUCAGAUGUGCAGAGGUCUGUUUCUGGCAGUGGAGUUGCAUCCUCGUAUUCUAAGGCUAACACCGUACCUGCGACAAGGAAUCAAUACUAUCGUUCAAACUCGCAUUACACGAGUUUGCACCAGCCCGCAUCCAUGACAGGUUAUGCAACUCAGGGUUACUACGACAGAAUGUACCCAAACAAGUCAUAUGGUCUGAAUGGUAGCACGGUUAGAUCUGGUACGGGUUAUGUUUCUUCGGGAUAUGAUUCAAGAGCAAACGAAAGAGGCUGGGUUACUGUAGACAACAAAUAUAGAAGCCGGGGAAGGGGUAACAGUUACUUUUAUGGAAACGAGAACAUAAAUGGCUUGAAUGAACUCAACAGGGGCCCUAGAGCCAAGGGAAUGAAGAGCCAGAAGGACAACUUAGAAGCAAGCUUAGAGGAGGUGAAGGAUCAGACGGGUGAUGAAUCAAACGUAACAACUGAGACUGAGGAGACUGUAACAUGCGGUAUUCCAGAUAGAGAAGAUUGCAACAGAGAAGAUUUUUCAGUUGAGUACAAAGAUGCUAUGUUCUUUAUCAUCAAGUCAUACAGUGAAGAUGAUGUGCAUAAGAGCAUCAAGUAUAAUGUUUGGGCUAGCACUCCAAAUGGAAACAAGAAGCUCGAUGCUGCGUAUCAGGAGGCUCAGCAGAAACCUGGUGUCUGCCCUGUGUUUCUUUUCUUCUCGGUGAACGCAAGUGGACAAUUUGUUGGGCUUGCGGAAAUGAUGGGUCCGGUUGAUUUCAACAAGAACAUUGAGUACUGGCAACAGGAUAGGUGGACCGGCUCUUUCCCACUCAAGUGGCAUAUAGUGAAGGAUGUGCCCAAUAGUUUGCUGAAGCAUAUUACUCUUGAGAACAACGAGAACAAACCUGUUACCAACAGCAGAGACACACAAGAGGUUAAGUUGGAGCAGGGUUUGAAGAUUAUAAAGAUUUUCAAGGAGCACAACAGCAAGACAUGCAUUUUAGAUGAUUUUUCCUUCUACGAGGUCCGACAAAAGACUAUAUUGGAGAAAAAAGCUAUUCAGCAACGAUCCCAGAAGCAGCAGGUCUGGGAAGGAAAAACCAAUGAUGAACUAAAGGAAACUGUUACCGCCGAUUUAGCAAAGGAAUCUGGUUCAGAAACUCUACCUACUAGCGAUCUCAAGGUCGCUGAGACAGCAGAUUCUUCAAAUAAUGACAAGCCAGUCGGUGUGAUUCCAAAUGGCUCACGGCAGUUGUCAGAGUCUUCAGCUCAUAAGACAAAUCUCUUGCAGAGCCAGCGAUAUAUAACAUCCCUACAACGCAACGAGAGAGAAGGCGUAGAAAGUGCAUUACAAGUUGCAAUAUUUUAUGAGAAUCAGACUGCCGUAGUCCGUAGAGAGUUUGAACCGCAGAAUCAUUCGAACCAAGGAAGAAGAUCUGACUUAGAAAUUGCAUCAAAUUUAGUUGCAACUUGGAAGAGAAAGAUAUCGAUGAUACGUGUCGGAUCCGACGUGGCGGGAAUUAGUUGUUGGUGGGUUCGACGAAAGCGUCGAGCUUUUGCAUUAAUGGCGGCUCUUUUAGGCAGAUUCUGCCGGAAACUGGUUUUUCCGGGAUCAACUCACGGAGCAAGAAGGGUGUCGACGACGGCGUGUGAAUCGGAAACCGUGAAAUCGUUGAAUCUAUACUCUGCUAUCAACCAAGCGCUUCACAUCGCCUUGGAAACUGAUCCUCGCUCUUAUGUCUUUGGGGAAGAUGUUGGCUUUGGUGGAGUCUUUCGCUGCACAACGGGAUUAGCUGAUCGAUUUGGGAAAAACCGUGUCUUUAAUACUCCUCUUUGCGAGCAGGGCAUUGUUGGAUUUGGCAUUGGUUUAGCAGCAAUGGGAAAUCGAGCAAUUGUAGAGAUUCAGUUUGCGGAUUACAUUUAUCCUGCUUUUGAUCAGAUUGUUAAUGAAGCCGCGAAGUUCAGAUACCGAAGUGGUAACCAAUUCAACUGUGGAGGACUUACGAUAAGAGCACCUUAUGGGGCAGUUGGUCAUGGUGGACAUUACCAUUCACAAUCCCCUGAAGCUUUCUUCUGCCAUGUCCCUGGUAUUAAGGUUGUUAUCCCUCGGAGUCCACGAGAGGCAAAGGGACUCUUGUUGUCUUGCAUCCGUGAUCCAAAUCCCGUCGUCUUCUUCGAACCAAAGUGGUUGUAUCGGCAAGCAGUAGAAGAAGUCCCAGAGCAUGACUAUAUGAUUCCUUUGUCAGAAGCUGAGGUUAUAAGAGAAGGCAGUGACAUAACACUUGUUGGAUGGGGAGCUCAGCUUACCAUUAUGGAACAAGCUUGUCUGGACGCGGAAAAGGAAGGAAUAUCAUGUGAACUGAUAGAUCUCAAGACUCUACUGCCUUGGGACAAAGAAACCGUCGAGGCUUCGGUUAAAAAGACCGGCAGACUUCUUAUAAGCCAUGAGGCUCCGGUAACUGGAGGUUUUGGAGCAGAGAUCUCUGCAACAAUCCUCGAGCGUUGUUUCUUGAAGUUAGAAGCUCCAGUAAGCAGAGUUUGUGGUCUGGACACUCCAUUCCCUCUUAUAUUGGACGCAAUCAAAUCGACUGUCAAUUAUUAGCCGUUAGAUCUGUUUCUCUAGACAACCACCGUCAUGGCUGUUGACCGGCACCGUGCCCCGACUUACUAUAUCUAUAUUUUAUCUUUCGGGGUGAUCAGAUUGUGUGAAAUAUUCAUGGAAUGUGACUUUCAUGUUUUAAAGUGUCUUCUUUUACAUUUAUGAGUGGUAACUAAAUUUUAGCUUAGAAUGUCCCCCAAGAGCACUAAAAUUAUGAGAUACAAACAUAAUAACCAGACAUGAUAAGAGGUUAAAUGUUUCGUUCCAAAUUCAACUACGAAAAGAAAACAAUUCAUUGUUUCAGGAACUGAACAAACACAAAGCCUAGAAUCCAUAAUCCAACUCCUCAAUCAUUGGAACCUUCUGAUGAGGAACAAGUUACUUCUCUGGUACAAGGCGUGAUUGAUGAAGACUUCAAGCGACGAGCAUUUUUGACGAUAAAGCUCACGAAAUCUCUCUCUUCUUGGCUUCCCCUGUACUCUGCAAACUCGAAAGUUUCAAGACUCUCCAGCAGACAGCUGGGAACAGAGCUCUCGUUCUCGUUCCAGCUAAUCGUUUCAUACUCUUUAAAACGCCUUUCAACCUCUACGUGGAGACUGAGUACUCGCAGAUUAGGAGAAUCUUGAAGCAACCGGAAAAGUAACUUUGACCAAUAAUCGAAGCGUAUACACAGCUUCAGAUGUUGAAGAUUAUUGAAGAUUAUUGAAGAUAAUACCAUUGUGAUACGUUUACCUCUUCUCCACAGUUGUAUAAUACGCACAACGAAAGGCGUUUGACAGAUGUGAUUAAUUCAAAAGGCUCCUCCAAAUGUUCAUUAACAACGAUGUCUGCAUCUUCCACCUUAGGCAUAUGCGCAACCAAAUAGGAGAACCCGACUGCAUAAUUCUCAACUUUGAAAUACUUCAAAGAUGGGGUAACUAUCACGUACUCGGAAGUGGAAUAAGAUCCACCAUCGGUCAACCUCUGCAAAGACGGGCUAAUGACAACUAUCGCUUUCAAAUUGUCAUCACCACUAGCACUUAGCUCAAUAGUCAGAUCUUCAAGAACAGGGCAAUAGGAUAUAAGCAACCGAAGAGUAUCUUCAUUUGCGUAAGUCACACCUCCAAGCAGCAGAGUCUUUAACGAAGGGAGAGAAACCGUCCGUGGAACAUCCACGAGAAUCCUACAGCCGUCAAGCUUCAAAGUCUCGAGCGUUUGGGAUGUAUACAAGCUGCUUGGAAACAACACAGCAGGUUCGCCCGCAUAAUACUUGAGAUCUAGCUCACGAAUGCUGCUAGAAACCAC